ACUUGCGUAGAAACUGUCGAGCAACCUGGAUGAGUCUGCCUCAGUCCUAUCCCACUAUAAUAUCCUUUGCUUUGCCGGCUGAUAUAUUAGUCUUUCAAUGUCCAUUGCCGCAUUGCGUACGUACAUACAACAUAAAAGUGCUCCGCAUUAUAUCAACAGUUAUUGUUGUGAUAUUGAAAACAUUUAUUCAAUUUUUAUAUUGCAAAUAAUUCAAUUUUCUCAAAAAAUUUGACAAUAUAUAUAUAUAUUAUUAAAGAAAUGGAAAUAUUUCGUGAAUUUCCAAUUGUUUUUAAUUUGUACAAAAAGUACAGUUAAAAAUAUUUUGUGAAUAAGAUUUAUUUAUUUUUUUCACACGUGAUUUAUAGUCAAUAAUCAGAAAAAAAGUGUAAACCUCGAAUAUUUAUAUAUAUAUAUAUGGGUAUAUAUUAGACUACAAGUCAUUUUCAGAAUUGAUUGGUCUGCUUUGAAAUCGACGAAAAAGGAGGGGAUUUUUUUUUUAUAAACAAACGAGACGAGACGGUCUCUCGUCUUUUAAAAGAUCUACGUCUAUCAACUCGACCAAGAUGAGUCAAGUCAAAGUCAUGGAGCAGGAAACUGUCCUCAAGAAGCGUCAAACAUUCGUGCGACGUGUUUCUGAUUUGUUCAAAGAUGGAACUUAUAGUGGACCACCUUUGUUAUUUAAUCACACUUCAAUGCAAAAACUUCGUCAUUGUUGCCAGAAUUUAAAUCUCUUUCCUUAUUUACUCUAUUCAUUUGAGAAUUCAAAAUCUCAUCCAUUUGCAAAAAAAGUAAAUGUUCGUCUUGAACAAUAUUUGAAAAGAAUAGUGGAAAAUUUAUUUCUCAUCUACACAAGUAUUCGACAUCUUGUUUUAAGGGAAAUUCGUUCAGAGAAAAAAAUAAUUCGAAAUGAGAAGAAAAUUGACAAUUUAUCAAAAUCAAGGAUAUUCCUUUCAAUUAAACAAAAACCAAAAGAAAUUUCCUAUCUUCUAAUAAUGGCCAUUUACUUAGUACCUUUAAUAUUAAUUUUUCAACUAAUCGCUAUUGGUAAUCUUUUGAUAGUGGAAAAACAUACACCAGGAUUUAUUUUCCUCGUCACCGCUUUAUUUUGUCUUGGAUUCAUCUCACUUAAAGUGAUGUUUUAUGACAAAACUGCCAGGAAAACGUUCAAAAAUGAAAAAAGGAAAAAAGAAUAAUUUUAUUUUUAGUUAUCAUUUAUUUAAAAAAUACAUCAUUUUCACUAUCCUUUGAUAGAAACCAUCAUUUCAUUUCUAUUCUUUUUUUUUAUUCAAAAUUAAAAAAAAAACUCAAUGUGGUUUUAUUGCUGUGAUAGAAGAUUUAUUUUGUGUAAAGUAGAUUUUAAGCAUUAUUGGUUGAGUUAUUUAAUUUUUUUCUAAAAUUUAAAAAAAUGUUCUUUUUUAAUUAUCCCUUUGUAUAUUAAAUAUUAAUAUGUCCUACCCUAAUAUUUAAAUGUUUAAUUUAAUAUUUGAGUCUCAACCUUUUAUUAAUUGUAUAAAAUAAAAAAUUGUAUUUGUUAAGUUCCCUUGAAAUUGUUUAUAAAGUACUCAAUCAGCUUCCAAAAGCAUUUGCUGAAUCAAUUCAAAACUUUUGAAAAUUUUGAAUUUGAAAAAUAAUUAUUAUUCUGCGAUUGGAACUUUUGCACAUUUUGGAAUUGUGACUGAUAAAUAUCGAAGGAUAAUAAUGAAUAUAUGUAUAAAUAUCCUCUCGGCAUUGUAAGACUGAAAAUUGUUUUUAAAAAAACUUGUAUGUAAAUAAUUAAGUGAAAAAAUA